AUGUCCAACGCGCAUGCACAACGAUUGAACGUCGUACUGUGUGUUUCUUUAAAGCAGGACGCCAGGGCAGAGUCGAGUGAGGCUGGAUAUACUGUCGCGGGCGUUCGCGCAACCCAGAUGUCAGACACUGCAGUUAAACGCCUGCACAUCACACCUCUAGACGCCGCAAUCCUCGAUACGGUGCUACAGCCCUCCAUCCGCCAUCUCGCCACUGAUAUCUCAUUCCAUACGAUCGAGACCUAUCCGGAGAAUAACUACGGCUUUGUCACUCUUCCAGUGGUAGACGCAGACAAGGUUACGAAGAAGUUGAACGGCGCAAUCCUCAAGGGCAAGAAGUUCAGGAUAGAGCAAGCGAAGCCAGCCCCCACCAGCACCACCACUGCUAUCAGCCAGCAAAGAUCUGUUGGAUCAGCCAGUCGCAAACACCCUGAUACACUAGAGAAGGAUAUCCCUCUCAAACGAAAGGCCACUGAGAAUACCAUUGAAGGCUACGAGCUCCCGUCGCCGCGGAAAGUAAUGCGAGGAUGGACCGAACCGCGCGCGUCUCUGGGUAGAUCGAAAAAGAAAGACGAAGAUUCGAAGAAAUCAAAGAAACAGCCCUCGAAAUACUCAAACGGCUCCGAAUGCCUGUUUCGUACCGUCCCUCCGGCAAAUAAGUCUACAAAGUCAAGCAAGAAGCGAGAGGGAGCUGAUUCUGUGACAGUCCAUGAAUUCAAAAAGACAAUCAAACAUCCAAGCUUUGUGAAGUCUGGAGAAAAUGUUGCGCCAUCAAAGCUUACUGGUGAAUACGUUGAAGGGAAGGGAUGGGUAGACCGAGAAGGCAAUGUUAAAGAGCAGCCGCCGAAGAGGAGUGAGAGACCACAGGCGCAGUCGUCUACAAAGUCAAAAGAAGCAGUAGCAGUUGUCAAGGCGGAUAAAAAGACCGAUACCACGGUAGAAUCGCCGGUUGCUAGUAGUGAAUCAGGAUCGUCGGAAGCUGCAUCUUCCAGUAGCGACGACUGGACUAGCUCGGAGGGAUCUGAUGAAUCGUCAGAGGCUGAGGAGUCGGAUGGUGAAUCUUCUGGCACGGGAUCAUCGUCUAGCUCGGCAGCAUCGGAUGGUGAAGAGUCUGAAGCUGUGGAACAGGAGCCUCCGGCCGCACCUGUCGAAGAGGUCGCAUCGGCGGCCCAAGUUCACCCACUCGAAGCACUAUUCAAACGGCCAAAGUCUUCAGGCAGCUCAAUUCCGAACCCACACUUGACAAUUGAUACCCAAUUCAGCUUUUUUGGAAACGCCGAAGACUCUGGAAGUGACAUUGAAGCACACAACGAAGGCUAUACAGAACCGCAAACCCCCUUUACGGCUCUAGACCUGCAGUCUCGGUCCAUGCGAAGUUUGGCCCCUACACCUGAUACGGCACUUCCCACUAAAAUAACAUUUUGGGAAAACGACGCGAAUGAGGAUUAUUUACGUGAUGACAAUGAUGGGUUAGAUGUGGCGGCCGCUGACAAGGAGCACACUCUCUCUCCGACCAAGCCAGGCGCUAAGCGCGGGAAAGAUGGCGCCGAUGAUAGCGAGUUUGCCCAGUGGUUCUGGGAGAACCGAGGUGAUAACAACCGAGCUUGGAAACGGAGAAGAAGGGAAGCAGGCAAGGAGAAGCGCCAGAGAGACAACAAGAGCCAUAGCUCUAGGGGUAGACGAUAG